CCCUAGAAAUGGCGGAGAAAUUGGCACCGGAGAAACGGCACAAUUUCAUCCACAACGGUCAAAGGGUGUUUGAAUGGGAUCAAACUCUAGAUGAGGUUAAUAUUUACAUAAAUUUGCCUCCAAAUGUUCACUCGAAGCAGUUUUACUGCAAGAUUCAAUCGAAACACUUCGAAGUUGGGAUCAAAGGCAAUCCUCCCUAUCUCAAUCACGAUCUCUCCGGCCCGGUGAAGACAGAUUCGUCUUUCUGGACACUUGAGGAUGAUAUAAUGCACAUAACACUGCAGAAGAGGGACAAGGGUCAGACAUGGUCAUCGCCUAUUUUGGGUCAGGGUCUGCUGGACCCUUACUCCACUGAUCUUGAGCAGAAACGCCUCAUGCUUCAGAGGUUUCAGGAAGAGAACCCCGGUUUUGACUUUUCUCAAGCUCAGUUUACAGGUAUCUGUCCUGAUCCGCAGACCUUUUUGGAUGGUAUCCGUUCUGAUUGACACUCUUUGGUAUGCUGACUUAAUUACCUUGAAUAGCAUCUUCUACACCAUUGUUCAGUAAAUAAAAAUCUCGACUGUGCUUCUUUCUCCUUUUUGCUUAUCAACUAACCUUCCUUUCAUAAUAACUGUAUAAACAUGUAGUCUGUGGUCAAGAUCUUCUCAUGUAAUGUAAGAAUGUAUGUAUUUGCUUACAUGCAUUUCUAGCCUUGCCUGUGCUUAAAUUAAAGUAGUCUAUCCUUGAAACUUAUACUUGUUGACUAGUUGAGUAUUGAAAGUUAUAGAUUAACCUUGAAUAAUAAUUGAUAAAUAUCAAUGAAUUGAGACUAUUAAUUUAUGAGGGAUAUGUUAUUAUCUACCAUUCUAGUGGAUCUGUUAUUGACUGUGUAAAAUAAUAUUGUCAAGAUUGGGGAAAUUUUGCUGUGUGUGUUGGAAUCAUCUUCUUCCCUGAACUUGAGGGGGUUCUGUUGGGUUAACAAUGUUACAUUUCUUAGGAUGAUAGUGAUUAGUGAAGCAUGGGAAAAUGUGACCCGAUUUAACAAUUUGCAGGUUCUGUGUGGAAUCAAACAUUAAGAUGGCCGAGUGUUAAGCUUGUAUAUUAUGGUUGUUUGGCUGAUUUGAUAAUCCUCCUCUUAAUCUUAGAAACAGCAUGCUACAAGGAAAGUAUCAGCAGAAAUAAGGUAGAACAGUAGAACAGAAAUAGGUCGAGAGAUGUUUGGUGGGGGAUAAAGGGAUUAACGGAAAGGGUUACUAAGGGAAUCCCAUUAUAUUAUAGAAAGAAAAGUGAAAGCUGAAAGAAAGAGAGAAGUAGAAUCGUAUUCUCUGUUUUUUUGAGCUUGCAUUGUGAUCCGUUACUUUUGAAGACUAUAAUAAGAAGCUCUUUUUGAUUUCUCGGUGCUCAAAAUGGAUGGAUGGGUUAAUAAAUAGAAACUUUUUUG